CGUUUCCUUGGAGACGCAGACCCAGAUGAAGCGUCUAGUCUCUAAGGGAAGUCUGAGCGGCCUGAGUUACCACGCGAUCCACGCUGGGACUAGGCAGUUGGAGAAGACGAAUAAAUAGGCAUCCCAAGAGAUCGGUGCCCCACGGACCCCCCCGGCUCUUCUUCCAUUUCCCCCAAUGGCGCAUGUCUUUCCAAAGAGUCGCUCUACAACCCACAAGUUCCAGCCUCUGGAUUAUGUUCCAUGGCAGCGGUCCAAACAUAAAAUCAAGCCAUCCACUGUGCUUCCAGUCCUGCAUACCAGUGGCCGUAAGAAAAACAAAAUGAAGACUUGGAUUAGUGACCAGCCAGGGUAUUCCAAGUCUACCACGUUGAUGACAUGCCAGCUGAGGAAUCCACAAGACCUGUGCAAAGGGAAGUUGGACUCUGGGAAGAACAAGUUCCGGCUAAUGAGGACGUUGCUCAGGAGCCGGCGAACCUCACUCCAGGAGCUCUGCAAGCAGGAGGACUUUCUCAUCAAGCUCAAUCAAGACCUGAUCAAGACCAUCAAGGACAUGGAAGACAGCUCAGCCCUGAAAACACGCGGGAUGCUGCAGCAGCAGGACAUCUUUGGGACCAUCAUCAACAGCUUGGGGUACUCAAACAAGAAGAAGCUGCAGCAGAUGACGUGUGAGCUGCAGGAGUGGAAGGAGAAGGAGGAAUCCAAGAUGAGCUACCUGAAGCAGCAGGUGGAGCAGCUGAAUGACAAGAUCAAGAUGAUCCAGGAGGAAGUGAAUUUCCUGAGCACUUACAUGGACCAUGAGUAUCCUGUCAAGGUGGUCCAGAUUGCCAACCUUGUACACCAGCUGGAGCAGGUGAAGGACAACCAGCAGGAUGAGCUGGAUGACUUUAAUAAGAUACGCAAAAUGGUCCUGGAGUCUUUGUCUGAUCAGAUUCAGAAGAAGAGACAAAAGCUCCUGCGCUCUCUGGUGGCGAAAGCCCAGCACCCCAGGCAGGCAGUUCUUCUGCAGAAGACCCGGGGAAACCAGAGCAUGGUGAAGUACACGGACAAGUACAGAGAGUUUAUCAACCAGUUUGAGGAGGAAAUUCCCAAAUUAAGGGCCGAGGUGGAACAGCUCCAAGUCCAGACCCAGGAACCCCGAGAGAUUGCGUUUGCAGACGUUCUGCUUCGGAGGCCCAAGUGCACCCCAGACAUGGACGUCACCCUCAACAUCCCUGUGGAAGAGCGGCUACCCUUCUAGAUGGCAGGGCCAUGGCCAGCCUCCCCUCCCUGCUCUCUUCCCCACACCUGGAGCCUGAGUUGUCUCCUUCCAAGACCAUAUUCCCAUUGGUACCCUCCUCGUCUGCCUCUCCUUUCCUCCUGCAGUCCUUUUGGUUUGGGGCUACCACUUGGGCCAGGUGGGAAUUUCCAGUCAAGCCCACCAUUUCCGCUUACCAAUAAAGCUGGAUCUGCAUUUGCUCUUU